AUGUCUUAAAGCCUUUUUUAAUAACCUAACUCAACCAGAGAAUACACUAGACAGCUCUCCCCUAUUGAGGAUCAAUUGGCAUACCAGUCAAGGCACUCCUUGGACUUCGAUUUUGAGGCCAGUUUCAAGAACAACUAGACAAGCUCCAAAAGCAUGAUGCCAGCGAAUUAAUUCAAGCCAAGACCCUAAUCAAAUCAUUAAGAAAGCGGUGUCUCCUUUUAGUUUUUGGAUACUAAGUCAAGUCAAUAAGUUACCUUGAAUAAACAGAAUUCAAGACUAGCUAAUUAAUUGAACAUUGACAUUAGUGCUUUACCAGAAUAAUUUGAUGUGAAAAAGAUUCAGAAAAAUGAGAAAUCAGUGUGUGAGAUAUGCUACAUCAAAUUUGGCAUCUCGAAUAAAAGACAUCACUGCAAGAGAUGUGGCAUAAGCAUCUGCUCUAAAUGCUCAUUAAAUCAAAGACCAUUAUCGAAGAAAGAUUUGAAAACUAUGCAUAGAGUAUGUGACUACUGUGACACUGAUCUAUAGAAUUCUAAGAUUUGCAAUGAAAGAUUGGAACAACUUGACACUGAAAAAUAAGAAUUAAAAUAAAGGUACGAUGAGAAGAAAUAAAGAGUGAAUGCUCUGCUAGAAAAGUCAUUCAACGCUAAACUAAACCUAGAAUCAGAGAUUCAGCAGCUAAGAAAAGAUAUUGAGAGACUAAACAAUCAGAGGAUAUUACUGCACUAAGAGAUCAUUAAGGAGGAGAGGCUGAUGAAAGAGCAGGAAAAUGAAAAAAAUAGGCUUAUCAACUAGAAGAGCAUCAAAUUAAGUUCAUAUGCAGAAAAGGAAAGAGUGGUUGAUGACAAGGAAUAUCAUAAUGAAGAAUUGAGAAAAACAGUAGAUGCCUAAAUAUCAAAGAUUAAGAAGAGUAUGAAUAGUGAAGAGGAACUGAAGAAAUCAGUGAUAUCAGAGUCUAAUUAAUAGAAAAAUAUGCAGGAGCUAUAGAAACUGACUGAAGAGAGGAAAAGACUAGACAGACUCAGAGAUAAGAAGUUCAAGAUAAUCCAGGAUGCCAUGUCUAAAGUCAAGAUUGAUGAGAAAAAUAGUGAGUACAAUGAGUCAGUGCUGAAUUCAUUUGCAAUGGAAAAAAGGACAUCAAGCAUUUUUGAUAACCAAAAUAGCAGCUCGCAUGUAAGAAUUCAUGGCAGUAGUGGGAAGUAGUACAGAAGUCAAAGAAGCCACAGAAGUUCAAGCAACCCUCCAGUAAUCUAUGAGUACGAAGAAGAUGGUUUGGGGGAUGAUAGUAUCAAGAGAUUCAAAGAUUUAUCGGCAGAGAGACCUAGAUUCCAAACUGAUGUUGACUUUUCUGAUUCCUAGAAUAUUGAAGUCAAUAAAAGUCCAUCCAAAAGUGAUAGAAGGGAAUCUGAGAGCAAUCAGAAUCCUUAAGACCAAGGUGGCUAGUAUGCUAGCUUCGUCAACUAAUAAAAAAGACAGAGACAGAAGAACCGCCAGAGUAUGUAAGCAUAAUGA